AUGCAGUGCUAUACUGAGCUCCUACCGCCUACUGCCGUCACCCACGCGCUCUCCCUCCCAUUCCUGAAUGCAGGUGCGAACAAUCUCAUAGUCGCAAAGACAUCCUUGCUGCAGGUCUUCAAUGUCGCGACCUUUGAUGGACGCGAUAAGCUGGUGCUUGUCGGGGAGUAUUCACUAUCGGGCACGAUCACGAAUCUCGCGCGGGUGAAGUUACCAGAUACCAAGGCAGGAGGCGAUGCGCUGCUUCUGGCCUUCAAGGAUGCGAAACUGAGCUUGAUCGAAUGGGACCAGGAGAAUCACCGCAUCAGCACGAUCAGCAUACACUACUAUGAAGGUGACAAUGUCGUCAGCCAGCCCUUUGGACCGAGUCUCGCCGACUGCGAGAAUAUCCUGACAGUGGACCCAAACUGGAGAUGCGCGGCGUUGAAGUUUGGGACGAGGCAGCUGGCAGUGUUGCCCUUCAGGCAGCCGGAUGAUGAGCUGGGAGUGGAAGAGGAUGAAGAUGCAGAGCCCGCGUCAGCCACAGUGAAGAGGACAGAAUCGAUCGCGCAGAACGUCAAUGGGGUAGUGGAGCAGACACCGUACAAGGCAUCCUUUGUGCUUGCUCUAAGCACCUUACUGGAGGACAUACGAUACACUGUGGAUUUGGCAUUUCUAUAUGGCUACCGCGAGUCUACGCUUGGAAUACUGUCGUCCAGCGUUCAGCGAUCGAGCGCAUUGCUGAAUGUGCGCAGGGAUGUCCUCGAGUAUCGCAUGUUCAAACUCGAGUUGGAACAAGGCGAGUCCACAGAGCUGCAGGUCGUCAAGCAACUGCCCAACAGUCUUUGGAAGGUCGUAUGUCUGCCAGCACCUGUGGGUGGUGCGCUUCUGAUAGGUACAAACUCUUUUGUGCACGUUGACCAGAACGCCAAAGUCAAUUCCGUCGCUGUCAACGAGUUUGCCAAGCUGGAGAGUGAUCGUGGAAUGGAGGAUCAGUCAGACCUGAACCUCAAACUUGAAGGAUGCAGCGUAGAAGUUCUGGAUGCCGAGAGCCGUCAAUUGCUGGUCGUACUACACGACGGUUCGCUCGUGACUAUAUACUUCCAACUAAGUGGCCGUAGUAUACAAGGUCUGAAGGUUUCGAGAGUCGCUUCCGAAAGCGGAGGUGAUCUUAUCAAAGCGGCGCCAUCAUGCGUGGCAAGAGUGGACGAUAACAAGGUGUUCGUUGGAAGUGAGGAUGGAGCGUCUUCCUUGGUCCGAUGGAGCCGACAUACCACUGGUCUGAGUAAGAAGCGAUCGCAUGGUCAGAUGCUGGGACAAACUGGCGACGAGGAGGAGGAAGAGGUGGUCGAGGAUGACGACGAUGAUCUAUACGAUGCCGCGCCCGAGUCGAAGAAGCGUGCUACUUCCACGGAUGGCGUCGUGGAAACGGCCCCAAGUUUUCAGAUUCAAGACGAGCUAGACUCCCUCGGGCCCAUCAACGACAUAUGCCUUGGCAGGUCAGGCGAAGCACAAGCAGACCGGCUUCAAUUGAUGCUAGGUACCGGUCGAGGCAGAAGCAGUCGAGUAUCGUGCCUCAACCGCGAUAUCGUCCCUAUAAGUGCUCGAAAGAGUGCUCUCGGUACCGCCAAGAGCGCAUGGGCUGUUCAUGCGAAACGCGACGAUCCUGAAGAAGAUGGCUACGAUAAUCUUCUAUUCGCUUACGACGGGCAAGACACGAAGAUAUACGAUGUUGAUGAGGUCGGUUAUAUGGAGCGCACGGCACAAGAGUUCGAACACGAGGGUGAAACCAUCGAUGUCCAAACAUUAGCCAAGGAUACCAUAAUCGUACAGUGUCGAAGAUCGGAGAUUCGGACCUACGACGCAGACUUAGCGUUGAGCCAAAUCAUACCUAUGGUCGACGAGGAAACAGACGAAGAGUACGGAAUUGUACAUCUUUCAUUCUGCGACCCAUACCUGCUUGUCAUCCGUGACGAUAGCAGCGUCCAGGUCCUGCAGGUGCAAGGGAAGGAGAUUGAACCCCUGGAAGGGGAGGGAGACAUCGCAGAGAAGAAAUGGCUAAGUGGGUCGAUUCAUGCUGGUAGCCUUACCAAAGAUGAACCAGUCCUCUUCCUGCUCAGCGCCCAAGGCAGCAUGCACAUUUUCAGUCUGCCAACUCUCGAGCCAGUGUAUCACGCCCCUGCACUGCCACACUUGCCGCCUGUGUUGUCUUCAGACAUGCCGCAACGGCGCGCUGGGCCUAGAGAAGCUCUUACUGAGCUUCUCGUGGUCGAGUUGGGCACGAACGGUGUUGACAUGCCGUACGUGCUCGCAAGGACGGCUCUGGACGACCUCGUGCUCUACGAACCCUUCCAUCAUCCAGCAACGGCAUCAGUGGACGCCUGGUACACCAAUCUCCGCUUCAGUAAAGUGCCGAUCACUUACAUACCAAAGUACAAUGAAGCGAUAGCCCAAGAGGAGUCAACGCGGCCGCCGCCACUCCGAUGCAUCGAAAUCGGUGCGUACAACGCGGUCACGAUACCAGGAUCACCGCCUCUCCUACUGGUGAAAGAAGCCUCGAGCCUACCAAGAGUGCUAGAAGUCAAAAUUACAAACGAGACGAAUCACGUCGCCAGCCUCUUGCCUAUACACCUCGAUCACUGCAAAAUGGGAUUCGCGGCGUUAGGUGUCGAUGGGUCGCUCGAAGAGUACCAUCUGCCGUUGUCGACUUGGUAUGGCACCGGGUGGAGCGUGCAGCAAGUGGACUUAGGCCCUGACGAUCUCGAGGUCCGCCAUUUGGCGUAUCAUGAGAACAGAGGGGUGUACGUUGUGGCAACGUGUAAGGAUGUCGACUUUUACUUUGCGGAGGAUGAUCACCGGCAUCUAGGACAAUCUGGUGGAGGACAAGAUGAUAUCGCACUCCGACCACAGGUGAAGCAAUACAGCAUCCAUACUGUCUCCUCCAAAACCCAUCGCAUCAUCGGCAGCUACGACAUGCCAUACCUCGAAGCCAUCACAGCGCUCAAAGUCAUGCCUCUCGAGGUCUCCGAGCUCACACACGACAACGAGCUCCGCAUCCUGAUCAGCACAGCUGCAAUGCGUGGUGAAGACAUGCCAGCAAAAGGCGCCAUCAUGGUCUUCAACCUGAUCGACGUAGUCCCAGAGCCUGACAGCCCUGAGAGUGGCAUACAACUACAUCUCGACGCCAGGGAGGAGACCAAGGGAGCCAUCACAGCCCUUGCUCCCUUCCCUGGUGGCUUCGUGGGAACGGGACAAGGUCAGAAGAUCAUGAUCCGCGGCCUUAAGGAGGAUGGAACAUGUUUGCCUGUCGCGUUUCUCGAUGCACAAUGCCAUACAACCACCAUGAAGACGCUCGGCAAGUCAGGCAUGUGGCUUGCCGGCGAUGCCUGGAAGGGUCUCUGGUUCGGCGGCUUCACAGAAGAACCUUACAAACUGACUGUCUUGGGCAAGGCGCCGAAGACGCAGAUGGAAGUGGUGGCGGCGGAUUUCCUGCCGUUCGACGGUGCACUUUACAUCCUCAUCGUUGAUGCAGAUAUGGAUUUGCAUGUCCUGCAGUAUGACCCGGAAAACCCGAAGUCGCAGAACGGCAUGAGAUUGUUGCACAGGAGCACCUUCCACCUGGGCCAUUUCGCCACGAACAUGAUGCUACUGCCAAGCUCUCUCAAUCCUUUCGGCGAGAACCAAACUUUCACCAACGGGGACACAGGAGAUGCGCCAGGAGAGUCAUCACCACUCUUCCAUGUCCUGACCACCUCACUCACCGGGUCUAUUGGGAUGAUUACACCACUGGAUGAGUCGUCGUAUCGACGUCUGUCAGCGCUGCAGACUCACCUUACAACGAUCCUGGAACAUCCCGCUUCGCUGAACCCGCGUGCGUAUCGUGCGAUUGAGAGUGAGAGUUUUGGAGGAGCAAGAGGUGUGGUGGAUGGGAAUAUCGUCAGGAGGAUCAAUGAGCUGGGCGCAGCGAGGAGAGCUGAUGUGCUGGGGAGGGCGGGCGCGGAUAACUGGAGUAUACGGAGUGAUUUGGAAGUUGUUGGGGGUGGUGGGUUGGGUUAUCUCUAG